AUGGCAACCACUAGAAGUGGUUCGAAAUCACCAUCUCCGGCGAAGAAAGUUUCUAAAAAAUCGAAGAAGGCUCCAACUGUUACUUCCAAAGUCGAACCUAAGAUGGGGUUAAAAAAAAUUGCUAAAAAUUUAGUGGCUGAUGUUCCAGAGACAUCGAGCACUAAGAAAAGAGCCCCUCCUGUUAAAGCCGAUGCUCCUAAGACUAAGAGAGCAAAAAUUUCCAAGUCUGCACGCGAUGUUUCCUCAAAUUCUGAUUUUGAGGAUGAAGUGCAUGGUGAGGACCAAAAGCCCAAAGUUGAAUCGAAGGUCCAUGCUAGGACCUCAGUGAAGGUUGAAGGAUUUGACCUACCAAAGAAAAAUCCCCCUAAUGAAUGGGAUUAUAUUUACGACCAGAAGAAUCUAUUCAUUGCGAAAGCUUUCUCCACUGCUACUUUCCAGGUGAUAGAGAACAUUAAGUCUUGUCUUUCAGAUGUACAGCUUGAAAUGUUUUCGAAAACCUGUUUUGGUCAUUUCCUUAACCUUCCUGAUUUUAAAGUUCAACCCCAAGUGUUUCAUGGGUUGUUGCUCCGGGAGGUUCAACAACCUAAUGAUGCUGAGUUGUGGGUAAUGAUACGCGGUGUUAGGCUUAGGUUUAGCAUUGAGGAAUUUGCAUUGAUUACUGGGUUAGACUGUGAAGGUGACUGUAGUGUCUUAGAUUUUAAGCAAGAGGUUAAUAGUCUUUGUGAAAGAUAUUGGCCAACUUCGUCCUCUAUCACUAAGGAAUCUGUUAUUGAAUGUUUUACCACCAAGAGGUGGGGUGAUUCUGAUGAGGAUGCUGUGAAGUUGGCAGUUUUGUAUUUUGUGGAGUGGUUCUUGCUUAGUGGCACUAAGCAUAAAAAUGUACCCAAGUCUAUUUUAGAUGUUGUAGAUAGUGGGAGGUACAAUGAAUUUGCUUGGGGCCGGAGUUCUUUUGAAUUGACUAUUUCCUCAUUGAAGGGUAAGCUUGAUAGUUGGGUUGAGGGUGUUAGGAAGGCAAGGAGUUCGGGAAAGAGGCCGAGUGUUUUUUACACUUUGAUUGGUUGUCCUCAUGUUCUUCAAGUUUGGUUCUACGAGUGUUGUAAGUACAUGAAAGGUAAGUACUGCCAAAAGGAAAACUCUCGUAUUCCAAGGAUCACUCAGUGGACAUGCAAUAGUCAGCCUACUUUCAAAGUUUUGAAGACUACUAUCUUUGAUGUUUCCAAAGAUAAGCUGCAACUUUCAAAUAUGAGGCCCACGGCUGGUGAGUUCAAAGCUUUGAAACUGAGCAGUUUCAAGUUCGACACCGACUACAACUCUUACAAGAGUCUUCCUGUUCCCGAAGAGCCAACUGUUGCUCAGAGUGACAUUUCUGUCAAGCUUGAUGCCUUUUCUGACAAAUUUCAUGGGUUGGAGGUCAAGAUCGAUUCGUUGCAUACUUCCCAACAGAAGAUUUCAUCUGAUUUGGUUGAGUUGAAAGAGUUUGUGUCUGCACAGUUUGUUUCUUUUGGCGCUCAGAUGGCUUCAAUGCAGACACAGUUUUCUACUGUUUUUGCCGAUUCCUAUGCCAAGGAAAAAGGCAGUGACUCUUCCAAUGAUGAUGAUGGAAGUGGUGAUGAAGCAGAUUUUGAUUUAAAUGAAUCUGAAGAAACUGAUGAAAAUGAAGAAGAGAAUGUUAUGGGUGAUGAAGAAGGGGAGGGUAGUGAAGGUGAAGACAAGGAUGGUCAAGCCGAUGAAGAUUCUGACUCAAAAGAAAAAAAUGAUAAGGGCAGUGAUGAUGAAUCCACUGAUAGUGAGGAGAAGAAUUUCGUUGAUUUCAAUGACGGGCCUACUCAAAUAGAUGUUGAGGCUACUGUUCAGUCCGGUGUAAAAGCAGUUGAGAUUAUGAUGUCUUCAGAUGGAAUUGGUGGUGAUCCUUGUAAACAGAUUUCAGUUUCUGAAAAUGUUGAGGUUACGGAUCGUCGUCUUGUUUGUUUUGAGAUGGGUGCAACAGGUCUCAAUGUUGAUUCUAACAUUGAACUUGAAGAGGACCCAAUUCCCGUUGAAGAAACUCCUCUUGUUGACAAGAGGAAAUCUAAGAAACCCAUAGCGCUGACGUCUCCGUUUAUGGAGUAUGACUCUUCCAUUUCUAGUUCUAAAGAUGGUUCUGGUUAUGGAGUUGUUAAGUAUGUGGCUGGGUUGUGUCCUCUCGAUGAUAAGAUUGGUGAAGAUGUAGAACAUAAAGACGAGAAUGAUUUUGACUUGUGGCUUGGUGAAGGACGCCGAUCGAAGAAAGAUCCGUAAGUGUUUAUUUUCAGCAUUUUUGUUGUGUUUUUGUAUUUUUUGUUUUUUAAUUUACUAUUUAUGUUUCAUUUUUUUUUAAAUGUUAGGCAUGACAAGGACAAGGUUUACUUGAAGGUUAAGGAUAAGAUUGUUCCCCCUUUUCGUUUUGGCGUGGAAGAUGUUGCAACCAAGAUGUGGUUCCACAAGUUUGCAUAUCCUGGCCAAUGUUUAACUAAUUCUGUAAGUUAAUUUAUUUUUUCUUUUGAUUUUUUUCAAAAAUUUCAGUCUAUAGUUUUAUUCAGGUUGUUUGUUGGUUGUUUUUUAGUUGUUGAAAUAUAAUUCAUUUUCUAAUUUUCGAACAUUUCUCAUUUUUUAUUGUUUAGCAUCUGGACAUCAUUUUUUACUAUCUACGUAAAAAAGGAAAGUAUGCAAAGGAGCCAAAGGUUAAGUUCACAACCACCGAUUGCUUAUUCUUCAAAACCAUUCAUGCUUUGUAUGAAAAAUUUAUUGCACAGAAAAAAAAUCUUUCU